AUGGGAGAUUUACCAGGUCCUCGCGUUUCCGGCACUCGUGCGUUUAUUAACGUAGGUGUAGACUACGGAGGUCCGUUCAACCUGAAACUUAGUCGCAAUAAAAGUUGCAAGGCGUAUAAAUUAUCUCACAAGGAAAUUAUUGAACGUUAUUGCUCCAAGAACGCCAUUCAAUGGCAUUUUAUUCCAUCUUAUUCUCCACACAUGGGAGGUAUUUGGAAGGCGGGCAUCAAGUCGGUGAAAACUCACCUCAGAAAAAUACUGGGUGAGGCCCUACUCACUUUUGAAGAAAUGUACACUAUUCUUACUCAAACUGAAGCUGUGCUCAACUCUCGACCAUUAACUCCUGUAUCAGCUAACCCUGAUGAUCUCAGGGCAUUAACACCCGGUCAUUUCCUGAUCGGAGCUCCACUUAACGCUAUCCCACAAUGUUCUCUUUUAGAGCAAUCUGUUAAUCAACUCACUCAAUUUCAAUAUCUUACCAAAUUAGUUCAAUUUUUUUGGUUUGGAUGGUCAACGGAAUACUUGUCAAAUUUACAACAAAGAAUGAAAUGGAAUCGCGAGGAUACAGUGUCUCCGGUCAGGAUCGGAUCAAUGGUGAUUCUUUGCGAAGAUCAUGUUCCUUCUAUGCAAUGGCCGUUAGGACGAAUAAUCGAGUGCCAUCCCGAAAGGGAUAACAAAUGUAGAGUUAUAAGCAUAAGAACAGCGAAGGGGAUAGUAACACGUGCAAUUUCUAAAAUUUGUAUUUUGCCAAUAGACAUAGAAUAA